UCCUCGGCUGCUGCCAUGGAGCCCGCCGGCCUGGAGCAGAUCCUGCGGGAGCUGCUGCUGCCGGACACCGAGCGUAUCCGCCGGGCCACUGAGCAGCUCCAGACCGUUCUUCGGGACCCGGCCGCCCUGCCCGCGCUCUGCGACCUGCUGGCCUCCGCGGCCGAUCCUCAGAUCCGCCAGUUCGCGGCAGUGCUGACCCGCAGACGACUGAGCACCCACUGGCGACGGCUGACAGCUGAGCAUCGGGAGAGCCUCAAGUCCCUGAUCCUGUCGGCCUUCCAGAGAGAGACCCAGCACUCUGUGAGCCUUAGCCUGGCCCAGCUCUCAGCCACCAUUUUUCGAAAGGAAGGUCUGGAGGCCUGGCCUCAGCUCAUGCAACUUCUUCAGCACAGUACCCACAGCCCUCACAUACCAGAGAGAGAGAUGGGGCUUUUGCUGCUAAGUGUGGUGGUGACCUCCCGGCCUGAGGCCUUCCAGCCCCACCACCGGGAGCUUCUUCGGCUUCUGAAUGAGACCCUCGGUGAGGUGGGCUCUCCUGGGCUCCUCUUUUACUCCCUGCGCACGCUGACCACCAUGGCCCCUUACCUGGGCACCGAUGACGUGCCUCUUGCGCGGAUGUUGGUGCCCAAGCUCAUUGUGGCCAUGCAGACUCUGAUCCCUGUAGAUGAGGCAAAGGCCUGUGAGGCUGUGGAGGCCCUAGAUGAAUUGCUAGAGUCAGAGGUGCCCAUCAUCACCUCCCACCUCUCUGAGGUCCUCACAUUUUGCCUGGAGGUGGCUAAAAACGUGGCUCUGGGUGAUGCAAUACGUGUUCGUAUUCUCUGCUGCCUCACUUUCUUGGUUAAAGUCAAGAGCAAGGCUUUGUUGAAGAAUCGUCUUCUGCCACCCUUACUACACACCCUUUUCCCCAUUAUGGCUGCCGAGCCCCCACUGGGCCAGCUGGAUCCUGAAGACCAGGAUUCAGAAGAGGAAGAGGUGGAGAUUGGGCUGGUGGGGGAGACUCCCAAGCACUUUGCUGUACAGGUCGUGGACAUGCUGGCACUACAUUUGCCCCCUGAGAAGCUCUGUCCCUUGCUGAUGCCCAUGCUGGAAGAGGCCUUGCGGAGUGAGAGACCAUACCAGCGCAAGGCUGGGCUCCUGGUGCUGGCUGUACUGUCCGAUGGAGCUGGUGACCACAUCAGACAGAGACUGCUGUCCCCACUGCUGCAGAUCGUGUGCAAGGGCCUGGAGGACCCAUCACAAGUUGUGCGCAAUGCUGCAUUGUUUGCCCUGGGCCAGUUCUCAGAGAACCUACAGCCGCAUAUCAGCAGCUAUUCAGGGGAGGUGAUGCCACUGCUCCUCGCCUACCUGAAAUCGGUGCCUUCUGGGCACACAAACCACCUAGCCAAGGCCUGUUAUGCCCUGGAGAAUUUCGUGGAGAACCUGGGGCCUAAAGUGCAGCCCUACCUUCCGGAGCUGAUGGAAUGUAUGCUGCAGCCUCUGAGGAAUCCCAGCAGCUCCCGGGCCAAGGAGCUGGCUGUGAGCGCCCUGGGGGCCAUUGCCACAGCUGCCCAGGCCUCCCUGCUGCCCUACUUCCCCACCAUUAUGGAGCACCUGCGGGAAUUCCUGUUAACUGGCCAUGAGGACCUUCAGCCUGUGCAGAUCCAGAGCCUGGAGACACUGGGGGUGCUGGCUCGAGCAGUGGGGGAGCCCAUGAGGCCCCUGGCUGAGGAAUGCUGCCAGCUAGGGCUGGGCCUGUGUGACCAGGUAGACGACCCUGACUUGCGGCGCUGCACGUACAGCCUGUUUGCAGCCUUAUCAGGGCUCAUGGGUGAGGGCCUGGCGCCACACCUGCCACAAAUCACCACACUUAUGCUGUUGUCACUGCGUUCCACUGAAGGCAUUGUGCCUCAGUACGAUGGAAGCGCCUCCUUCCUUUUGUUUGACGAGAGCGAUGGGGAGGAAGAGGAGGAGCUCAUGGACAAGGAUGAGGAAGAGGAGGAGGACUCAGAGAUCUCAGGGUACAGCGUGGAAAAUGCCUUUUUCGAUGAGAAGGAAGACACCUGUGCUGCUCUGGGGGAGAUCUCCGUGAACACCAGUGUGGCCUUCCUUCCCUACAUGGAGACUGUCUUUGAAGAAGUAUUCAAGCUGCUAGAGUGCCCUCACCUGAACGUGCGGAAGGCAGCCCACGAGGCCCUGGGUCAGUUCUGCUGCGCACUGCACAAGGCCUGUCAGAGCUGCCCCUCAGAACCCAACACUGCAGCUCUGCAGACUGCCCUCGCCCGGGUGGUGCCGUCCUACAUGCAGGCAGUGAAUGUGGAGCGGGAGCGCCAGGUGGUGAUGGCCGUGUUGGAGGCGCUGACGGGGGUGCUGCGCGGCUGUGGGCCCCUCGCGUUGCAGCCCCCUGGGCGUCUUGCUGAACUCUGCAACAUGCUCAAGGCGGUGCUGCAAAGGAAGAUAGCUUGUCAGGACACCGACGAGGAGGAAGAAGAGGAGGACCAGGUAAGGGCUGAGUAUGAUGCCAUGUUGCUAGAGCACGCGGGAGAGGCCAUCCCAGCUCUGGCAGCUGCAGCCGGGGGAGAUGCCUUCGCCCCCUUCUUUGCUGGCUUCUUGCCACUGCUGCUGUGCAAGACGAAGCAAGGCUGCACAGUGGCAGAGAAGUCUUUUGCAGUGGGGACCCUGGCGGAGUCUAUUCAGGGCCUGGGUGGCGCCUCAGCCCAGUUUGUGUCUCGGCUGCUCCCUGUGCUGUUGAGCACCGCCCGGGAGGCAGACCCUGAGGUGCGGAGCAAUGCCAUCUUUGGGCUGGGGGUGCUGGCAGAACAUGGGGGCCGCCCCGCUCAGGAACACUUCCCCAAGCUGCUGGGGCUUCUGUUGCCCCUCCUGGCACGGGAGCGCCAUGAUCGCGUCCGUGACAACAUCUGUGGGGCACUUGCCCGCCUGCUGAUGGCCAGUCCCACAAGGAAACCGGAGCCCCAGGUGCUGGCUGCCCUGCUGCAUGCCCUGCCACUGAAGGAGGACUUGGAGGAAUGGGUCACCAUAGGGCACCUCUUCAGCUUCCUGUACCAGAGCAGCCCUGACCAGGUUGUAGAUGUGGCUCCUGAGCUCCUGCGCAUCUGCAGCCUCAUUCUGGCCGACAAUAAGAUCCCACCAGAUACCAAGGCCGCAUUGCUGCUGCUCCUGACAUUCUUGGCCAGACAGCACACCGACAGCUUCCACUCAGCACUGGGCUUGUUGCCUGGUGACAAAGCUCAGGAGCUCCAGGCCGUCCUGGGCCUCACCUAG